AUGAUCUCGAGCCAAGACGAGAGCAUUUAUGACUUGUUCAUGUUGGUUAAUCAGUUAUUGAACCUAAUACCGGAUAACAUAAUAGCGGCCACAUUUACCACACACUACACAGCACUCGUACCGCUCGACCCCAGGAACCUAACCAUGGGUUAUAAGAAAGUGGCCGAACGAGCCUUUAAGCCAAAUAUGUUGGGUUUAUGUAUAUUCUCACUAAUACUGGGUUUCGCUGUCAAGCAAUUGGACUCAAAGGCAGACACUAUUCGCCUAAUUUUGCAGGAAACCAAUGCUCUUGUUAUGCAUGUAAUCAUGGGUUUAAUUAAAAUUAUGCCAAUCGGAAUGUUCUGUUGGAUGUGUGUAGAGGCAAUCAACAUGAAAUCACCGGAAAAAAUUCUGACCCAAUUGGGUUGGUUUGUGGCCACUUCUAUGUUUGGUUUCUCUGUGAUCUGGUUCAUUUUAUAUCCGAUAAUAUAUGUGGCAAUUGUACGCAAAAAUCCAUAUAAAUUUUUACUCAAUAUAAUGCCAGCAAUGAUCGUGGCGUUCGGCUCCAGUUCC